AUGGGUUCUCAGAGUAUGAAAGCCCUCAGGCUUGUGCAGUACGGAGCCCCAUACAAUUUAGAGGAUAACCCGAUCCCAACUAUCAGCGACUACCAGCUCCUGGUCAAAGUCGGGGCCGCCGGCUUCUGCCACACAGAUCAUCAGAUCUACAAUGGGGUCUACAAUUCCCCCUUGCCAGUGACUCCGUCCCACGAGCCCGCGGGAACUAUAGUGGCGGUCGGACAGAAUAUGCUGAAUUUCCGGGGCGUGUGCCAUGCGUGCGUAGGCUGUGAAGUCGCGCUCGACCCCCUUCGGCCUAAUGAGCCGGACACUCGGUUCUGCGAGAAUAAGGAGAAUGCCGGCGUCAAUGCCGAUGGGGCCUUCGCGGACCUCGCAGGCGCAGGGAUAGAACCUCAUCUCCCCAUCGGAGUCAUCGGCGUCGGCGGGCAUCCGACCGUUGCAAUCGACAACCGACCCGAAGGGCGGCAGUUGGCGAGUGAACUUCCGACUCACCUGAGACCUGGUAAAGUCGUGGACUACAAUAGUCUCAAGACCACAAAGGAGGUAGUCGAGUUUGCAGGAGGAGGUGGACUUGCGGCUGUGCUGCUUCUCCGGCCUCACGGAGUCUGCGUGCCGCUGGGGCUUCCCGUGGAAGGAUUUAGGAUCUCAGCCUGUGACAUGAUAUUCAAGGAGCUGAUUGUUCGUGGGAGCUUGUCGGAUAUGAUGAACUUCGUCGCGGAGAAGGGGGUGCGAUCUCACGUACAGACGGUGAAGCUCGAGGAGGCCAUGGAUCUUCCGGACCGGUAUAUGGACCCUCAUCUGAAGGGACGGUUGGUCGUUGUUUCUUAG